UCUAUGCAGGCCAUCUCCUCAGUAGCCGUCCUCCUCAUUGCAUGGGCCACCCGGAUAAGCAAACACUCACGCAAGCUGCUCCUCAUCGUUCUCAUAGUUUCAUCCGGUGUUGUAAUCACAAGCAAGGGUGAGAGACGGUUUAGUUCAGUUGGGUUUUUCAUUCAGGCUGAAGGAGUCGGGCCACCCGUCUCGUGCUCAUCCAAACCCUCAUGCACGGGCUCAAGACGAACCCCCCUUGUCUCUCUCCAACUCUACGCGCCUGUAUGAGCACUGAUCAUGGUGCAAAAGGCGGCACCUUGUUCGUGCUGUUUGUGUUGCAUCAUUCCAUCAUUGUAAAUAUGUACAACAUGAUUCACGAGACCUCGGCCCCCAGCAGUUGAAGGGCAAAGAGGACAGUGGGAACGAAAUGGACGAAUGAAAGAGCAUCCUCCGCCCAUACUAGACAUGGAAUGUGCGCAUCUGUUACUGCACGUGCGGGCUUGAGCCGAAUGUCUUGUGUCUCAAUGCUGUCUGUGCUCGAAUCAUAAUAAUGAAUGCCCAACGCGAUUGUUCCGGAGCAGGAAACGAAACAAAGGCUGCUGCCAAGCCUAUGACUUAUGUAGGUUUCGAC